AAAAACAUCCAUAGAUUGUGAGCCGGAUUGGGAAUUGGAAGCCCUAGGAUUUCCUUAGAACAGACAUGGCAGCUGUAUCUAAUGGGCCGAAGAAGGAGCGCAAGUGUGAGGGGCAUAACAUCGCCGGACCGACCAAUCCGAUGGUGACUCCUCUCCUCACGGACCUCUAUCAGUUCACCAUGGCCUAUGCUUACUGGAAAGCUGGCAAGCACAAUGAGCGAGCCGUCUUUGACUUGUAUUUCCGGAAGAAUCCAUUUGGUGGUGAAUAUACAAUUUUUGCUGGGUUGGAAGAGUGCAUAAAGCUCAUUGCUAAUUUUAAAUUUAGAGAGGAUGAGAUUGCUUUUCUCCGGCAGUCAUUGCCGUCAUCAUGUGAGGAUGGAUUCUUUGAGUACCUACGGAGCAUUGACUGUUCUGAUGUUGAAAUAUAUUCCAUAUCUGAAGGAUCUGUUGUCUUUCCUAAGGUACCCUUGAUGAGGGUUGAAGGACCAGUUGCUGUGGCUCAACUGUUGGAAACUCCUUUUGUAAAUCUUAUAAAUUAUGCAUCAUUAGUUACUACCAACGCUGCAAGACAUCGCUUUGUUGCUGGGAAGGAAAAAUUACUUCUUGAAUUUGGACUCCGACGAGCGCAGGGUCCUGACGGUGGUAUAGGGGCGUCAAAGUAUUGCUAUAUGGGAGGAUUUGAUGCUACAAGUAAUGUGGCUGCUGGAAAGAUAUUUGGAAUUCCGCUUCGUGGAACACAUUCCCAUGCCUUUGUUAGCUCAUUUAUGAGCCCAGAUGAGAUAGUUGAGAAGUCCCUUCAUAGGAGUGAUGGUUCCAGUGUCUGCGAUGACUUUGUUAGUCUGGUGCAAGCAUGGCUUAAUAAAUUGAAGUGGUCAAAAUUACUAGGUGGAAUUUUUGGCGAGACAAAUCAGAGUGAAAUAGCAGCUUUCACAUCAUAUGCACUGGCAUUUCCUGGCAGUUUUUUGGCCCUUGUGGACACUUAUGAUGUUAUUAGAAGUGGCAUUCCAAAUUUUUGUGCUGUUGCUCUUGCACUUAAUGAUUUGGGGUAUAAAGCUAUAGGUAUUAGACUGGACUCUGGUGAUCUUGCAUAUCAGUCUUGUGAAGCCAGGAAAUUCUUUUGUGCUAUUGAAAAAGAGUUUGGAGUGCCUGGUUUUGGAAAGAUGAGCAUUACAGCGAGCAAUGACCUUAAUGAGGAAACUUUGGAUGCUUUGAAUAAACAGGGUCAUGAGGUUGAUGCAUUUGGUAUUGGAACCCAUUUGGUCACAUGCUAUGCUCAAGCAGCUCUAGGGGUUGUCUUCAAGUUAGUUGAAAUAAAUAAUCAGCCUCGAAUUAAGCUUUCUGAAGAUGUUACCAAGGUUUCAAUUCCUUGCAAAAAACGGUGUUACAGAUUGUAUGGGAAGGAAGGUUACCCUCUUGUGGACAUAAUGACAGGGGAAAAUGAACCCCCUCCAAAGGUUGGAGAACGCAUUCUGUGCCGACAUCCAUUUAGUGAAUCCAAAAGAGCAUAUGUGGUACCUCAGCAUGUUGAGGAACUCUUAAAGUGCUACUGGCCUGGUUCUUCAGAUAAAACAAGAGAGGUUUUGCCACCCCUUAAGCAGAUCAGAGAACGUUGCAUUGAGCAUCUGAGUCAAAUGCGCCCUGAUCACAUGAGAAGGCUGAACCCAACACCUUACAAGGUCAGUGUUAGUGCAAAGUUGUACGACUUCAUUCAUUUCUUGUGGCUCAACGAAGCGCCUGUUGGAGAGUUGCAGUGAUCAUCAAGGUAGACAUGUCAGUGAAGCUAAUAAAACAUCUGAAGCUCUACAGGAGCAUUUACGAUUGAAUCAUGGGUGGGGGUAUAUUUGUUUUCUUUCAAUAAUCAUGUAUAUUUUCCUUUUUCCAUAUUUGUCUGCAAUCAUUCAUAGAUACACGAAGCAAUUUGUUUUCAGUUUUCAGUCCCACAUUAAAAGGUUUGUUAUCCUAUUAUAGUUCCAAAACUUACGUUA